AUGGUUUCGUCCAAUACUGUUAGUGCUGGCUCGUUAUACAUGACCGGCGAGCAUAUACAGAGGCAAAUGUCAGACAGCGAGACUGAGGCUACCUGGGCCAUGGCAAGGGAGCUAUUUGAGCGGCAGCGUCUUUCACGCCACUACCAAGAAAGCUUGGAAACGAGAAUUCGCAACGAGCAGGUCGCAUGCAGGGAAGCUCAGGAGCGCUGCACAUACCUAGAGAAGGUCAUCCUGGAGUCUGCAAGUGCAAGAUCACAGCAGGAUUGGACACUUGCUCGUGUCUUAGAGAGCCGGAAUGCACUCAGCGAAGAAGUUCAAAAGGAGAAGGAAAAGGUGCAGAGCCUAGGAUCUUGUCUUGUCUAUCAGCACAAAGUCAAUGAGUUACUGCUUCAAAAGAUAUAUCAACAAGCACCAACCGAAUCUGAGAUGCUUCACCUCCGACAGGCUCAAUUUGAGAAUGAAUCCCAGCGUCAGUACAUAUACGCUCUUCAAUCGGCUUUGGAUGCACAGAAGCAACAGAUUCAAAGUAUUAAAGAGGAUAAGAGGUUCCCAACUCAGCAGAGUUUCGUGUGUUGUUGUUGUGCUUGUGACACUGAAGCUCCUUCCAAUGAAGUUGACCCCGCGCUGCCUGAGCAUAAUCCUUCUGAUGACUUCCCAUAAUUGAGUGACUGUCAUCAGCGAGUAUUUGGAGGCGUCAUCUGAGAAAGAAUUCUCUGUUUUAUCCUCCUUAUCAGGAGUAUAAGCAUGUUUAUA